GCCCCUCAUGCCGUCCUGGCCGCAGCAUCCUCCUGUGGUCACGAGCGGUUCUCAGUUGUGUGCACAUGGCUGCAGGAGCUGCUGCCAUGGCUCUCCCCUCUCUCUCCUGCCUGGAGCUGUGCUGCAGCCACACACCUGCUGCCAUCAGCUGGGGCUGUGCAGGGCUGAGUUGGUAGCUCCAGGCAGGGACAAACAGGCACUGCAGGCGAGAUGCGGCCACUGGCUUUGCAGUACCCAUGCAGCCCCAUGCAGCACAGCAGCACCAAGCUCUUCUGUGAGAGAGGGGAUGAAGGAUGUGAAACCAAAUGAUCUGCAGCCCGCAGUGACCUUCCUGCUGCAGGCAGUGGUUGGGGCUGCUGCAGAGUGGAGCUGUCUGCAAUCACGGUCACGGAUCGGGCCCUGCAGCACAGCCAUCCUCACAGACUCAACAGUCAGACCCCAGCCCUGUGGAGCUCAGUGCCCAGAGCCAGCCCUGAGCCAGCAGGGACAGCCUGCUCUGUGCAGGAGAAGCCAGGCAACGCCAGGCUGGGAUAAGCUGCGAGCUGGCACAGCACUCGCUGAGCGUGUGCAAAUGCUGCAGAUGUCCGAGGAGCAAAUGGUGCUGGAUGACCAGCAGCUCAGAAAAUAAACCUGUUCCAGGAUGGGCUUUGGGGUCAGGCAGCGGCGGCUGGAGGCAGGUUAUGUGUGCCACGGCUGCUGCUCUGACCUUGAAAUGUGCUGUGAGAAAGGUUGUUUCCAGGGUGACCAGCACUAGUGGUGCCCAGGAGCUCCAGCAGCAUGGCGUGCUGUGCUGUGCUGUGCUGCCCACUGCUGAGCUGUGCUGUGUUGGGAUGCUGUGCUCUUCCUUGGCGUUGCUCAACUGUGGGAAGGCAAGUCAGGAACUCCCUAAAAAAGUGGAAGCAGAUUACUUGUAUCUUACAGGUGUCCAUAACGUUACCUUGGGGCCAGAAGCCGCUGCCAGCCCCUGCAGCAAGGACAGGGAGAGUGGCUGCAGGCACAGGGAUGGCUGAAAGGGCUUUGCUGAGUCAGAUCCCUGAGGGGCCUGGGCUGAGGACAGGGCCCACGAGGGCUGUGCACCGCAGCGUGGUCCAGCCAAAACAGAGCCCUGGUGUCCUGCAGGAAGGCCUUGGUGCGUGGCUGCUGGCAGAGGCGGUGGGGCUGGGGGCUGACAGCUGCAGUGAGGCUGCGUGACACAGUUGGCCCCGAACUCGGCAGACUGGCAGGGAGGGGAGGAAGCGCAGGAAAUCUCGCAAUGGUUGUAUGGUCAGUGCAGGGUUUCCUGUUCCUCUCUGGGUGCCGGAGCUGCGUCAGGUCAGUUGCACCGGCCCCAACCCCAGGAACACACCAGCACCAGCGCUGCAGCACGGACCUGGCGGCACACGCAGCCCCGUCCCACUAGGACCGUGGUGUCAUGGGCUUUGGGCCGGAGCUGUGGUGCCCGAAGGGGCACAGUGCGCUGCUGCGGCUGCAGGACAGCGAGCUGCGCCUCCUGGAGCUGAUGAAGAAGUGGAUGUCACAGCGCGCCAAGAGCGACCGGGAGUACGCAGGGAUGCUGCACCAAAUGUUCUCUCAGCUGGAGAAACAGGAGGGCCUGGGGCAGCUCCGUGCCACCGACCACAGCAGCCAGAUUGGGGAGUCCUGGUGGGUUCUGGCCAGCCAGACUGAGACACUGAGCCAGACGCUACGGCGACACGCGGAGGAGCUGGCAGCAGGGCCACUGGCCAAGUUGAGCGUGCUGAUCCGUGACAAGCAGCAGAUUCGCAAGGCCUUCAGCGAGCAGUGGCAGCAGCUCAGCCAGGAUUAUGCCCGGACCACGCAGCAGGAAGUGGAGAAGCUGAAAGCACAGUACCGCAGCCUGGUGCGCGACAGCACCCAGGCCAAACGCAAGUACCAGGAGGCCAGCAAAGAGAAGGAGCGGGAAAAGGCAAAGGAAAAGUAUGUGCGCAGCCUCUGGAAGCUCUAUGCCCUGCACAACCAGUAUGUGCUGGCUGUGCAGGCGGCCGCGUUGCACCACCAGCACCACUACCAGCGCGCGCUGCCCACCCUGCACGAGUCCCUCUACAGCCUGCAGCAGGAGAUGGUCCUUGUUCUGAAGGAGAUUCUUGGGGAGUACUAUAGCAUCAGCAGCCUGGUGCAGGAGGACGUGUUGGCCAUCCACCAGGAGGUUGCCCAUGCCAUCGAGAUGAUCAACCCUGCCACUGAGUACAGCAGCUUUGUUCAGUGCCACAGGUAUGACUCCGAGGUGCCGCCAGCAGUGACCUUUGAUGAGAGCUUGCUGGAGGAGACAGAGGGCCUGGAGCAGGGGGAGCUGCAGCUGAAUGAGCUGACUAUCGAGAGCGUGCAGCACUCGCUGACAUCCAUUGAGGAGGAGCUGCUGGCCAGCAAGGAGGCAGCGAGCAGCAAGGAGCAGCGGGUGUGGGAGCUGCAGGCUGAGCUGCGGGACGAGGAGAUGGCGCUGAGCCCUGGGGAGCGGGUGCGCUUGUUGGGCAAGCGGCAGGGGCUGCAGGAGGCCCAGCAGCAGCUGCAGGGAUGUCUCUGCACCCAAGCCAAGCUGCAAGCACAGCGGGAUAUGCUGGCCAACAAGUUGGCAGAGCUGGGCUCUGGGGAGCCCCCUCCUGCCUUGCCCCUGCAGGAGGACCAGCAGUCAGUGUCCUCCACGGAUCAGGAGCGCAGUGGGGUGACUGCGCUGGAGACCAUCAAGAACCAUAUCUCAGGCAUCUUCAGUCCCAGGUUCUCGCUGCCACCUCCCAUGCCCCUCAUCCCAGAGGUGCAGAAGCCGCUGAGCCAGCAGGCCUGGUACCAUGGGGCCAUCCCACGCUCGGAGGUGCAGGAGCUGCUGAGCUGCAGCGGGGACUUCCUGGUACGGGAGAGCCAGGGGAAGCAGGAGUACGUGCUCAGCGUGCUGUGGGACGGGCAGCCCCGGCACUUCAUCAUCCAGGCUGCUGAUAACUUGUACCGGCUGGAAGGCGAUGGCUUUCCCACCAUCCCGCUGCUCGUCGACCACCUGCUGCAGAGCCAGCAGCCCAUCACCCGCAAGAGCGGCAUCGUCCUGACCAGAGCCGUGCUCAAGGACAAGUGGGUGCUCAACCACGAGGAUGUGCUGCUGGGGGAGCGCAUCGGCCGGGGGAACUUCGGAGAGGUGUUCAGCGGCCGCCUGCGAGCGGACAACACCCCCGUGGCGGUGAAAUCCUGCCGGGAAACCCUGCCGCCAGAGCUGAAGGCCAAGUUCCUGCAGGAAGCCAGGAUCCUCAAGCAGUACAACCAUCCCAACAUCGUCCGGCUCAUCGGUGUCUGCACCCAGAAGCAGCCCAUUUACAUCGUCAUGGAGCUGGUGCAGGGGGGGGACUUCCUGAGCUUCCUGCGCAGCGAGGGGCCCCAUCUGAAGGUGAAGGAGCUGAUCAAGAUGACGGAGAAUGCCGCGGCGGGCAUGGAGUACCUGGAGAGCAAGCACUGCAUCCACAGGGACCUGGCUGCCCGCAACUGCCUGGUGACAGAGAAGAACACCCUGAAAAUCAGCGACUUCGGGAUGUCGCGGCAGGAGGAGGAUGGUGUCUAUGCCUCCACGGGGGGCAUGAAGCAGAUCCCCGUGAAGUGGACUGCCCCCGAGGCUCUGAAUUACGGCCGGUACAGCUCGGAAAGCGACGUGUGGAGCUUCGGGAUCCUGCUGUGGGAGGCCUUCAGCCUGGGCGCCGUGCCCUACGCCAACCUCAGCAACCAGCAAACGCGCGAGGCCAUCGAACAGGGCGUGCGGCUGGAGCCCCCCGAGCAGUGCCCCGAGGACGUGUACCGGCUGAUGCAGCGCUGCUGGGAGUACGACCCCCGCAGGCGGCCGAGCUUCGGGGCCGUCCACCAGGACCUCAUCGCCAUCCGCAAACGGCACCGCUGAGCGGCUGCGCCCGCCCCGGCGGCGGGGUCGGAGAGCGGCGGGGCCGCGGCGCGCUCCAGAGGAAUAAAAGUCGGCUCCGCAUCCUCGCGUCCGCCGUUCUC